AUGAGCACCCAACAAUUUUUAGAGUUUUGCAUCACAGGAGAUGUCAACUCAAUAAAGCAGCUCAAAUCUUCCAAUGACCCACGAAAUUUUAUAUACGCUUGCGAUCCUCAAGGCCAUAAUGGUUUACAUCUUGCCGUUCUUAAUGGUCACUGAAGCCUAGCAAUGCAUUUACUUCGUGAUCUUCAUAUUUCACCUCACAAGCUAACAGAAGAUGGUGAAAGUAUUUUUCAUUCCAUUGCAAGAGGCCUAAAAGUGAGAGAAGCAACUGAUCAAGAUUUCGCUGAGGUCAGAGAGCUAAACUUGAAAUAUUGGCAGGAAGAAAAAGAAAGAGGUCUUAAAAAAAUUGAGGAGAGAAAAGCCGCGCAUCCUGAUCUAAAAGCACCUGAAAAUUUAGUCUUAAAAAAUGUUGAAAAAGAAGACGAAAACUUGUUUGGGAACCCAAAUUUGACUGUUGCUAAAUAUAUUUUGAGGAAAUAUCAUGUUGUGCUAAAGCAUAAUAACUCGAUGGGGCAUUCACCUGCAGAUCUUGCCGAAAGUCUUCAGAUUCAGGACUUAGCAGAAUAUUAUAGGCUGGAGCUGACUCCACACAUGAUAAGAAGAAGACUCAUUGCUGGACUUAAUGAAAACUUGUUCAGAGAAAUUGUGCUUUGCCUUUAA